GCUUAUGGCAAGAAUUUUAUUUUUUUCCUCCAUAAAUGGUUCAUCAUUAUCAUUUUACAGACCAAUAGUAGCUAAAAUGGGCCAAAAUCAAUCUUAUUGGGCCUCUAUUGAAUCUGAUAUUGAAGCCCAUCUUAAGAAGGUCAUCUCAAUUAGGGCUCCUGAAUCUGUGUUCGAGCCCAUGCAUUACUUGACUUUUACAACACCCAAAUCCACAGCACCAGCUUUGUGUGUCGCGGCGUGCGAGCUGGUGGGUGGUGACCGAGCCCAAGCCAUGGCUGUAGCAUCGGCAAUGCAUCUCAUGCAUGUCGCUACUUACACCCACCAGCACAUGCAGAUGGCCCAGACGGAGCCCGGGCCCGUAAUUGAGCACGGGUUUGGCCCACAUGGGAUCAUAGUUGAAUCACAAGCUAAAGGAUUGGGCCCGGCCCAUAAUUUAAGGGACAUUGAGCCUGAACACAAGUUUGGCCCGAAUAUCGAGCUCCUCACGGGUGAUGGGAUCAUGCCCUUUGCUAUUGAACUGAUAGUUAAAGCCAUGAGCCCGGCCCGAAAAAACUCAGACAAGAUCAUGAGGGUUAUUACUGAGGUGACACGUGCCUUUGGGUCACAAGGGUUGCUAGAAGGUCAAUAUCGCGAGAUAGAAUGGACUCAAUCAGGCAACGAAAACGAGGAAAUGUUCGAAUACGUGUGCAAGAAGAAAGAAGGAGAGAUUCAUGCAUGUGGAGCUACUUGUGGUGCAAUUUUAGGUGAUGGAAAUGAUGAAGAAAUAGAAAGGUUGAAGAAUUAUGGGCUUUAUGUUGGAAUAAUACAAGGAAUAAUAAAUGGAAGAAAUUACAACAAAAAAAUGGAGAAAAGGGUGAAUGAACUUAGAAUAUUGGCCAUGAAGGACAUGGAUACAAGUUUCAAAGGGAAGAAAUUAAUGAAGCAAAUUGCUAGUCUUGUUGAAGAGUCUCUAUCAUAA